AUGGAAGGUUUAGGAGCAGCUGCAAAUAUCAUCGCUGUAAUCGAGCUCUCUGCGAAAAUUGCAUCGAUUUGUUUACAAUAUUCUCAUGCCGUUAAGAAAGCCAAAGCCGACAUUGAACGUCUGCAAGGGGAGCUAGAUAGAUUGAAGAUCACGCUUGAAGGCGCACAACAGCUUCUUAUGAGCCCAAAUUCCAAUAGGCUCCACACUUCGCAGCGUUUACAUGAUGGACUCCGCAUCUGCGACUUUCAGCUAAAAAGGCUAGAAACAAGGCUUGAAGAAAAUCUCAACAUUGGGAAACGGAAUAAGGUAAUGAGCCGAUUUGGAAUUCGUUCGCUAAAGUGGCCUUUUGAGAGCACAGAGGUCAACGCAACUAUCACAACCUUCAAAAACUAUCGGGAUGAACUUUCCGCUGCUCUCAGUAUCGACCAGACUACAGAGAUUCUUGAUAUAGGUCAGAAAUUCGUCCUUUCCAAAUUACCAACCGCGGGGGACGCAGCUUUUGGCUCGUACGCCGAUCAGUAUGAUGCACAAUGUCAUCCAGAAACUCGAGUAGCUCUUCUCCAGAACAUAAUGACAUGGGCGGAGGAUUCUCAAAGCAAAUGUGUCUUUUGGCUUAACGGUAUGGCAGGUACGGGAAAGUCUACAAUAUCACGCACAGUAACCCAAUCAUUUACCGAAAAGGGGGUUCUUGGCGGUAGCUUCUUCUUCAAAAGAGGCGAGGGAAACCGUAGCAACGCAGCUCUACUGUUCACAACUAUUGCUGCACAACUCGUUACCAAAGAGCCUAUUUUGGCAACAUGCAUUAGAGAUGCUAUCGAUAACAAUCCUGAUCUUCCUAGAAAGGCCUUGGAGAAGCAGUUCGAGAAGCUUAUUUUGGAGCCUUUAACAAUUUUGAAUAAUGAUGCCAAAAAAUCGAAGAAGAUUGUACUUGUGAUUGAUGCUCUUGAUGAAUGCGAGCAAGAAAAGGAUAUCAAAGUUAUCAUUAGCUUGUUAUCGCAAGCAAGAAUGUUGAAGUCGGUACAAUUGAGGACUUUUGUGAUAAGCAGACCUAAGCUGCCGAUUCGGCUUGGCUUCAAUAAUAUUGAAGGGCACUAUCAGGAUCUAUUGCUACACCAAAUACCAGUAUCAAUAAUCGAGCAUGAUAUUACAGCUUUUCUAUGGUAUAAUCUAUCAAGAAUUAGAAAUAAAUACAACAAUUAG